AACUACGGAUCAAGGAAUAUCAUGGUAAAUCUGAUCCUGUAGAAAAGGCUCAUGAUUUCAGUAAUGUAAAAGAAUCAUGGAGUAAUGUUGAUCUAGUUGCAUAUACAAGUACUCUAAAAAUAGGCGUUUCAUGUACUAAUCCAAAACGUACCAAUCGUUCGAUUAUGGGUAGUAUAUAUGUUGGAGAAAUUCCAUUUCCGGCGACUAUUUGGUUGGAGAAUGUUGUGAAAGUGAAUUCUGCUACCGUUAAAGCAGAGGAGAUAUUAGAAAUAACUAAUGCUAUUAUCCUCGAUCAUGAGACUGCUGAAUUAUUGGAAAAUAAGCCAAGAAAGGCUUUGGAAGAAAUACGUUCUUUAGACUGGCGCCAUAUUGUGGAAUGCUAUCAGAUUCCACCUGAAUUACUAACUGAAGAUUUCAUUUCGGAGUAUAGGAAUUAUAAUCAUAUGAAAUGGUUCAGAGCUUAUAGACAA